CACUUUUGCAAUGCUUGGCAACCAGGACGCCAAACAAGCGGGUGCUAACACGCCAGAGCUUCGCCCAAAGUUUUUAUAUAUAAAGCAGAUCUCGAAGCAUCACGUUUAAUUCUAUGGCUGGAAAAAAGAAGGAAGUUAGUUUACAGGUGUCCAUCAGUAACGAUGAACAAUGGGGUGAGAUGUUGGCCACGAGAGGGUUAACAGUAGUGGAUGUGUUCCAGCAGUGGUGUGGACCAUGUCGUGCUGUCGUAAGCCUCUUCCGCAAAAUAAAAAAUGAGCUGGGAGAUGACUUGCUCCAUUUUGCCAUUGCAGAAGCUGACAGCAUUGAAGCACUAGAGAAGUACAGAGGAAAGUGUGAGCCCACCUUCCUGUUCUUUGCUGGUGGGGAGCUUGUAGCUGUGUUGCGAGGUGCAAACGCUCCUCUCCUGCAGAAAAUGAUAGUGGAGGAACUGGCCAAAGAGAAAAAAGUGCUUGAGCACAGCAUUAAGCGAAUUGUGGUGGUAGAUGACGGAUUGAUUGAUGAGGAUGGGGUGCAAGAAGAUGCAAAAGCUCAUCAACAUUAUGAAGAGGCUCUUGUGCCUGCUAACAGGUCUUACACAGUGGGAAUCAUUAAGCCAGAUGUUGUUGCACAUGGGAAGACAGAUGAGAUUAUUAUGAAGAUUCAAGAUUCAGGCUUUGAGAUCCUGGCUCAUGAGGAGCGCAGACUGAGUGAGUCGGAGGCUCAGGAGUUUUAUCAGCACAAAGCAGCUGAGCCAUACUUUAACGAGCUGAUCCACUUCAUGUCCAGUGGCCCCUCCCAUGUUCUGGUCAUUUCUAAUCCUGAUGGUACUGAUGAUGUCAUCUCAGCCUGGCAGGCAUUCCUUGGACCAGCAGAUAUAAAACAGGCCAAGACAGAGCAUCCAGAGAGUCUGCGAGCUCAGUAUGGAACCGAGGAUCUCUACAAUGCUCUUCAUGGCAGUCAUGAUAGCGAGGAGGCUGGUAGGGAGCUGGCCUUCUUUUUCCCCAACUUCGGACCUCCAGAACCGGAACCAACACCCGUUGAGAGGACACUGGCACUCAUUCGGCCUAACGCAGCCAGAGAAAACAGAGAUGAGAUCUUAGCAAAUAUCCGCAAGGCAGGAUUUACAGUUGCCAUGCAGAAGGAAGUGACACUAACCGAGGAACAGGUCCUCCAGUUCUAUGGUCAGCAGAAAGAUGAGGAAAACUUUCAAUCACUUCUCACAACCAUGACCAGUGGCCCUGUGCUGGCUCUGGUCCUGGCUAAAGUGGGGGCUGUCGAGCACUGGAGAAAUAUGCUGGGACCCAAAGACCCAACACAGGCAAAGCAGGAGCAACCAGACAGCCUGCGAGCUCAGUUCACAUGGGAGAGCGAGUAUGUGAACCAAUUGCAUGGAAGCAUGAGCGUGGAAGCGGCUGCACAGGAGAUCAGCUACUUUUUCCCUACAGAGUGCACACUGGCUGUUAUCAAACCUGACACUUCAGAGGAGCUCAGGGAGAAAAUCUUAGAGGAGAUCCAAGUUGCAGGGUUCACCAUCUCUCAGCAGAAGGAGAUGAUUUUGUCCAAUGAGAUGGCAGAGGAAUUUUACACACAGCACAGUGACAAGCCAUUCUUCAACCAGUUGGUGGAUUACAUGUGUCGUGGUCCAUGUACAAUGCUGAUUCUGUCUAAAGAGGAUGCAGUACAAGAGUGGAGAAUGAUGAUGGGCCCUGCUGAUCCCAGUAUGGCAAAAGAGACAGCACCAGGAUCGCUGAGAGCUCGCUUCGCUAAGGACAUCCUGGAGAAUAUUGUGCAUGGUUCAUCCAGUUUACAUCAUGCACAGGAGGAAAUACAGCUCAUCUUUGGGGGGUUCAGCACAAAGAGUCAAGUUAUGAGUACGGGAGCUGAUGAUGAGCCAAAUCCAUUAGAAACAGAAGAAAGCUUCGCUGAGCUGAAGAACCUCCAGACAUCGAGAUCACCCUCAUUUAGUGAACUACAGAACCAAACUGAGCCAAACCAUAAAGGAGAAGACUCUGACAUCAGGGACAGAGUUGAGGAGUCCUGAACAAACCAUGAAGGCUGUGGUUCAUUAUUAUACAAUAUGUUUACAAGUUUACCAUCCAUCCCAAACCGGUGACACAAAUAUGGAAAGUAACAACUAUAUACAAUGUAUUAGUUUACAGUAGUGUUCCAAUUUUCCUCCACAAAACUAUGAGGCCCAAACCGGUUCCAGCACGAACCAUUAACCUGGAAAUAGCAGCUUCAACAAGCACAUAAUGGUGUAACUGGUCGGGGUGUCCAGAAAAUGUUGUUGUAUUGUGUAUCAUUGUAGCAUAAGUACAACGUAGUGGAAAUUCUUUGAAAGCUCAGAUAAAUGUUACUAAAUUACAGUUAUGGAAACAUCAGGCAUUGCUACUCCUAUGAAAUUUAUAUUUUGAGGUGUUAUUAAUAUUAGAUCAUAAGAUAUUAGCAUUUUUAACAUGUGCAUUUUGAUAUAUUGUGUCGAUUGCAUGGCUUUAACCACUGUAGUAUAAAUAACAGUCAAAUGAUUUAGCUGCAAUAAACGUUUAUGAAAAACA